AAAAGGGUUUUAUUUUUAUUUUACGGAAAAUGGGAGAUUCCGAUUCGAACGAGGUCCUGAUCGAGGAGAUAGACAGCAACGAUGUGCCGGAGAACGAGCUGGAGCAGUUCCAGGAGACGGAGCCGCUGCGCGUGGUGGACAUCAUCGAUUGCGACGCGGAAGGCGGCGAGCGGCGGAGUUUCGAGGCGGACGAGGAGGAGGGAGCCCUAAUCAAGCGCUAUGUGCAGGGUGUCCAGUGCCUGGAGUUCCCAGACUUUUGCACCAAGCUGGAGGCCAGCGACGAGGACGAGGAGGAGGAGCCCCUGGAGGCGACAACCGCCUCCGGGAACGUGGAACUGCCCAGCACUUCGGCACAGGCCAAAGCUCCCCAAGAACAAUCUUCUGGAAGUGGUCGUUCCGGCGGAGGAGGCGGUGGCUUCCGCAAGAGCCAGCUGAGCACCGCCCUCCAGGGACUCAUGGGCGAGGCCAACCUGAGCUUCGUCUACGGGCGCUUUGAAACGGCUGAACGCAUCUGCAUGGAGAUCAUCCGACAGAAUCCACUGGCCAGCGAACCCUUCUACACGCUGGCCGAGAUCUACGAGAAUCGCGACGAGGUCAAGUUCCUGAACUUUUCAACGCUAGCCGCGCAUUUGAAUCCCCAGGAUCGGGACAUGUGGAUCAGGGUCUCCGAUCUGCUCGUCCAGCAGGGAAAUCUCGCUCGUGCCCGCUUGAUUUACACCAAGGCCAUUAAGAUGCUGCCCAAGGUGUAUCAAUUGAGGCUGCGGAAGGCGCAGCUGCUGCAGAAAAUGGGCGAAACGAAUGCCUCGAUGUUUACUUACUUAAAAAUGCUGCCUUUAAUGCCGCCGGAUGAGUGGAAGAUGUGUUUGAAUACAGCCAAGAAUGUGGCUCGCUACUUUCAUGUGCUGGAGAAGCACACGCUCGCUUUGGAGGCCAUGGAGGGGGCUUACACCGUUUGCGGUGGCCGCUUCACCCUCGAAGAUAUCAAUAUCUAUUUGGAACUCCUCAUCCUAAACAAGCAAUAUGCCAAAGUUUUGCGCUGCCUGCGCGAGCGCACCAACUUUGAGCUGGAGAACGACCAGGAGGAGAGCCUGGAGCUCAUAUAUUUCUGUGAAAUACCCGACGACUAUGUGCCCGAGCUGAGGGCCAAACUCUGCGUCAGUCUCAUCCACAUGAGGGCUCAUCAUUUACUCGGUUAUCUUAUACAAAAUGUCCAAGAGCACAUUGCGCUAACCACUGAUCGCGUGGAACUCUAUAUGGACAUCACGGAGGCGCUGAUGCAGGAGCACAAGUACGCCGAGGCCAUUGCUUUGAUGAGUCCCAUCACCGAUGGCGACACCGUCGAGUGCCCCGCUUUCGUGUGGCUGCGGCAAGCGGAGUGCCUGCGCCAGUUGAAUCGCACCAAUGAGGCGAUACAGAGUUAUGAGAGGGUCGUCCAGCUGGCUCCCUUUUGCUACGAUGCGAGGUUUACUCUCUCUGCGCUGCUUAAACAGCAGGGGCGUCACGAGGAGGCCGUCCAGGCACUGGAGCAGCCUGGCGAGGCGGAGGGCCAGCCGCUGAUUGCCCGCCUGCUGUACGAGCGCUGUAUAAUGCUGCAGCAGAUCGGGCGCAUCGAGGAGUUCCUGGACGUGGGCUAUGCCCUACUCAGUCGCCACUCCAUCAAGCUGUACAAUCGCGAGGAGAUGAUGGCCGCUGCCAAUGGAGGCAGUGCCUACAACUCAGAGAGCUUGAAGACCAUCAUUCAGAUGCGCAGCAAGGCGGUGGAUAGCUCAGCGGAGCAGGAUUUACAGGAUCCUGGGAAGAACGCCGCCACCGAGGCCUCCGAUCUGACCGUCAAGGAUGAGUUUAACCUUUUCCAGGAGCUCGUGCGCACGGCCUUCAAGCACGGCAUGCACAGCGCCGCCGAGAAGAUCUGCUUUGCCAUGGUCACGACCAAGAGAUUCACCUACUACCAUCACGAGAUCGAAAGGAUUAUGGUGCUGACCUGCUACUACAACGACGACUGUGCGAUAGCCUUCUCCUAUCUGCGCGAGCUGAUCGCCAAGCAGCCCAGCCAGACGACGCUGUGGAACAUGCUCUCGCUGAUGAUCCAAAAGGGCGACGAGGUGCGCUACUAUCGCUACAUGCGGCGUCUGAUGCAACGCCAUCCGGUGGACACCAAACCGAUGAGGAUAUUCCAGGGUCACUAUCAUUUGAACUGCGCUUCAUUCAAGUAUGCUUUGAAUAUUUACAUGCCCAUUCUGCGCGAGAAUCCCGAUGCCCUGGUGGCUCUCUGCAUAGCUGUGGCCUUUAAUCAACUUUCGCUGCAAAAGAAGGUGCUGCGCAAGUCGGCCUCGGUGGCCCAGGCGGUGGCCUUCGCCCAGCGCUACAAGGAGCUGCGAUCGGCGGGUCAGGACUUCGUCGAUUGCCCCGCCCAGCAGGAGAUCUUCUACAACAUCGGGAGGAUCUACCACCAGGCGAAUAUCCUGCACCUGGCCGUCGAGUACUAUGAAAAGGCUUUGGCCGUGCCCGUUCAUCCGCUGAUUGCCGAGCACGAAUCCACAUUGGGUCUGCAGCACGAGGUGGCCUUCAACCUGCACCUGAUCUACCGGGCGCAUGGGAACAAGUGGAAGGCGCGACAGUACCUGAUGCGUUACUGUGUGGUCUAA